AUUUUCCUGGCAGACACAUUUCGGAGCUGGGCAACAAAUAUAUAUGUGUAUAUAUAUAUAUAUUUAUAUUGUGAAAGAGAAGUAAAAAAUUUUGUAUAAAUUCUAAACAAUCGAGAAGAAUGUCGCAGUUUUGGGAACGCUAUGUACGGCCUGGCUUCAGCCAGGUCAGCCGCAAUCUGAACCUGAUCGGCGGCAAGGCCAGCGGCUCGAUGCUGUGGAAGCGCGUCACAUUCCUGGUGGCCACGCCGGCAAUUGCCUUGUGCAUGAUCAAUGCCUAUCGCUCCAAGGGCGGGGAGCAGCCGCGCCAGCCGUUUGUCAAGUACGAGCAUCUGCGUCGUCGCAACAAACGCUUCCCGUGGGGCGACGGCGAGCGCAGCCUGUUCCACAAUCGCAAUGCGAACGCAUUGACCGAAGGCUACGAAGUCUAAGCUUACAGAGCGGCGGAUCGGGAGCGCGCGCACAUUCGGGAUCGGUUGCGGAUGCGGAUGCGGAUGCGGGUAGGGAUAUUCUCAAAGGGGGAUCUAAGAUUGUUACGAUAAUUGGCUCGUUUUGUUAUCUUUUGUUAUCAGCUGUUUCCAGAAUCGAGAGAAAAAAAACCAGAAAUAGCCGGCCAUAGAAAUCAAUGACAAUGUAAUUAUGCAUUCGCAAGAUAUGUAUCGAAAAUAAAACUGAACCGAACGCGCACAGACACAAA